UUGUUACUUCAGCGCCUGAACGAAUCGCACAACCAAAGUCAAGUGACUUGAAAAAGUUUGCUGUUUUGAAAUUUAAGAACCUCGAAGUGUUGCAAGUGAACGCGUAAAUAAAUUGUCUCAGUGAUUUUUCGGGGUAUUAAGUUUAACAAGUACUAGAAAACAGUAGAUGCGAAGUGGGCUUCUGCUUUAACCAGCAAGGCCAUAAGCCGUCAAUUAGACAGCCAAGUCUUCAUUAAAGCUCUCCGUAGUGCCAAUAGGUCUAAGUCUUCUUGCGAUAGAUUAUGAAAGCAGGCAAUAACUAGAUUCUUAGUAGGUAACUAGGUUAAUAUCAUAGGGAGUCGAGUUGGCUCACUCGGGGGCGGCUGGAAACACAAUCCCCUUAAGCUGACCCAAACUAUUCAGCUAUUCAGGAAUACCUCAGAUCUUAGAACAUCAGCAACAAAAAGCAUACCAAAAAAUUACUUUGAGGUAGUGUUGAUGAUGGACAGACCAAAAGGCUUCAACUUCUAGGCAAAAAAGAAUGAUCAUUGUUAAUAGUGCUUUGGGUAUUAUCGUCACUUCUCUGGAUCUUAACAAUGAAUAAAAUGUUGAUGGAUCUGAAACAACGGCCUACAUUGACGAUGUGGCAGUUUCGAUAAGAGAUAAAUUCCCGAAUACCCUUCCUAUACUUAAACAAUAUUAAAUGAUCGAUGGAAACACAAUAUACCAGCAAUUGCAUUGGUACAAGGCUAGUAAUAGGAAAUAAGGCAAGCUACUUGGGUCUAAUUCUGGGCAGGAAGCUUUUGUGUAAAUCAAAUUUGGAAGCUAGGGAAAAGAAAUCAGCUAAAGCACUUUACAAGUUUAAAAGAACGGUGAGGCCCAAAUGGUUAUAAACGCCUCGGUUAGCUCACUUGCUCUACACAGCAGUUCGAAGACUAUUUAUGACUUACGAUAUAUUGGUAAGGUGGCCAAUAAGUGAAAAGAAAUACCCUCUAAGACGAAUAAAAGCAUACAAAGAGCAAACGGUAUUGGCAUUAAAGGAGCCCACAGCCAACAAACUUGUUCUGUAGAUAAAUGUCAGAGAAUCCUCUCCUUAAAAAGUUUCCGUUUCUUUUCAUUACAACGGAUUUUCGUGAUACUACAGAGUUGAAUCUAAAUUCGAUUCCCAAUAUUGCCUUCCCUCUCAGAGAAGUGUGCGAUGUAGACAAGGGCGCAGCGAUAAGCAUCUACAUAUAUAGAUGGUUCCAAACAAGAUAACCGUAAAAUCGCCUUCUGUCUACCAAGGCACUGUAAUAUCUUCCAAGCGGAACGCAGAGCAAUUAAAGAAAGCCUUCUUAUUCUGAGAAGGAAUUUGCUGACAACAAGGAAUAUAUGUAUUUAUAACCACAGAGAGCCAGGCGGCUUUAAGAUCACUAAGGUUUGGUCUAAUUUAGUGAUUCUUUGGCCUUGACCUCUUGGUGAUUCUAACUUUAUAUUUCUCGAUAUGUCUGCAGUGGGUUCCAGGACAUACUGAUAUCCCAGGAAAAUGUGAAGCGGAUGAACUAGCCAGAGUAGGCACCGCCCUACAAUUAGACUCCAGAAAAGAAGGACUUUUUUAUGAUUAUGCCUGCUUGCAGAUAUCUAAACGACAAAUGUCUUAUAAGUAUAUGUGAAUCUCGGUGGAUGCUCAAAAAGCAGGAUUGAGAUGGAGUCAUGUGUAGAAGUUCACGCAAGUGAGGAAAGUUCUCUGAUCGCCAUUCACUUGGGAGUGGCCAGAAACGAUUCUUUUACAUAUGACUCAAGCAGCUCACGACUUCCGGUCUUUGACCAAGUAUCCUCUGGGUAGCCUAAGAACAUCCGGGACCCGCCACAUAAAAAACACCUCCAAUGAAAAGAAAUAAACAGCCUCGGAUGAGAGACCCCGCUUUUGAUGACGACCAUGGAAAACGAAAUAAGGACUAUGAUUUGAGGGCAUGCACCUGGAAUGUCCGGUCCCUUAAUUGGGAAGGUGCCGCUGCCCAGCUGGUAGAUGUCCUCGUAAAGAUAAAGGCUGACAUCACCGCCGUCCAAGAAAUGCGAUGGACGGGACAAGGACAGAGACGAGUAGGUCCUUGUGACAUUUACUACAGUGGCCAUAUAAAGGAGCGCAAGUUUGGUGUUGGAUUCGUGGUGGGAGAGAGACUCCGUCGCCGAGUACUAUCAUUCACUCCGGAGAAUGAACGUCUAGCCACAAUCUGCAUCAAAGCGAGGUUCUUCAACAUAUCGCUGAUUUGCGCCCACGCCCCGACGGAAGAGAAGGACGAUGUGACCAAAGAUGCUUUUUAUGAGUGCUUGGAGCGCACUUAUGAGAGAUGCCCCCGCCACGAUGUCAAAAUCGUGCUUGGCGACUUCAACGCCAGGGUGGGCAAAGAAGGUAUCUUUGGCACUACGGUCGGUAAAUUCAGCCUCCACGAGGAAACAUCCCCAAAUGGGUUGAGGCUGAUCGACUUCGCCGGGGCCCGAAAUAUGGUUAUCUGUAGUACUAGAUUCCAGCAUAAGAAGAUACAUCAAGCUACCUGGCUGUCUCCGGAUCGAAAAACCACCAACCAGAUCGAUCAUGUUGUGAUAGACGGAAGACACGUCUCCAGUGUUUUAGAUGUGCGUGCGCUCGGAGGUCCUAACAUCGACUCGGACCACUAUAUUGUUGCAGCUUGGGAGCCUUUAGAGAAGUGACCGUUCAUUCAGAUAGCACAGCUACGAUACUAACCUUGAACUCAUUUACAGUGCGUUCAGGGUUGGUCGAGAAGUACCUAACCUGACUAUCAAUAGCAUAGAGGGUCUUUGUGAUAAGACUGGUAUGAGUGGCAAGACAUAGCAGAAUCGCAGGAAAUUGUGAAGCUGAUGAGUUAACAAGGAAAGGCACACUAGAACCGCUAUCGGUAGAAUGGGAGCGGAUCAUUGUCUCCGUAUCCUCUACUACUGCAUAGCUGGGCUUCGUGGAAGCUUGGCCAGCGCUGGGUCACCACUGGUACUUGCGCAGUCGCAAAAACUUUAAGCCCAAGAUUGAUCUCAAGAGAUCUAGCAUUCUCUUUGCCCUCAGUAUGGCUAGCCUCUCCCUAGUUGUGGGGGUUUUAACAAGCCAUUGCCCUAUUGGCGUCCAUGCUGUAAGUUUGGAAAUCUUACCAGACGCUGUUUGCGGAAGCUGUUUGAAAGAAGAUGAGGUAGAAACAACUCAACACUUCUUGCAUGACUGCUCCUCGUUUGAGAGGUCAAUACUUAAACGCUGGGUAGCGCAUACCUUCAGAUAUCUCACCGAACUGGCUGGAGUUGAAAUUAAGCGCCUUUGCAAAUUUGUAUUGGCUACUAAGCGUUUUUCCAAUCUGUAAGUCCGAACACAGGAGUUCUUAUUUUCUAUGGCUUUACAAGAAAUUACGUAUGGUAUAUCAGUCCACGUGUGAUCAUCGAUCAGCCAUCUAACCUAACCUAACUAGCAGGUCACUGUCUAAUAGGAAGACAUGCCACUAGUCUAAAGCCUGUUAGAGGAGGAGACUGUCAGCCAUCUUCCAUGUCAUUGUAAAACUCUAAAUAGGAAAAUAUUCGCCACUAUCAGCCAAGGGUUUCUUGACGACGUCUCGAAGGGUACUCAGAUAAAACUUUUCGUACAGAUGAGCUUCAUGAGAAGCAUAGUGGUUUAGAUAGGAGCUAAUAGAGAACUUUAGUCCCGUUGGUAUCAAAAUGAACCUCCUAUAGGUUCGUCGUCAAACAGCCUCUCGACCUAUCUGUCUUGGGUGGGAAAGUUAAUAGGAAGUUGUUGCAAUUAAAAAGCAAUAAAAGUCUUAGAACAACUAAUAUAAUAAUAUAUAAAAUUCAAGUAUUGAAUUAUUUAGCUCAAAAAGUGUAUAACGGUGUAAACGCAUUUCGACGACGACCAGCAUUCAAAUCAAAUUCGGCAGCACUCAAUCAAAUAUACGCGCAAUGUUUUGGCUCUGCAGCGUGUCACUCUCAUUAUUCGAUUAUCGUUUAAUCGUUAUAAAUACAUUGAUUUACGAUUUAAUUGCGACGGAAAUUGCAAACGCGAAUGCGCACAUUGUUAUUGCGGCCAAUGUCAUGACAGAAUUUGACAAAUCAGCAGCAAUAGCUGCCACGACACCAGAAACAAGAACAAUUCCACCAACCGGUGCCGAGCAACAAAGAGUUGCACACGAAAUGUCUAUUAAAGGGAAAGCAACAACAAUAAAAAUACCAACAACAAUAAGCAGCAACAACACAGCUGACGUGGCAUUUUUGGGCCAAAAACUGAGUGAUUGCAGCGAUGACGAUGAAAUAAGUACGAACAACAGCAACAACAAAAGCAAAGUGUCACGAGCAGCAAAUGGCGUAAGCAACAACAUAGCACUACAAGUAGCGCUACCAGCAAGUGCCAACGUGCCGUUUGUUUCUACUGCCGCAGCAAGGCCACUUGCUAUGAGCGCGCACAAUGGUAUGUACGCCAACAACAAGGCGACCGUUAUGCGUUCAAUAAAUGAACGCGUUGACAAUUUUCGCAAUGACAAAAAGGAAACGAAUGUGUGGAUAAUAACAACAACAACAGCAGCAGUAAAGGUCGACCGAAGUAUGGCAGCACCAAUAGGAACAACAAAAACAACAACAUCAGCAACAAGCAAUGCGGCGACGUUAGCAAUUUCAAAGCGCCCAGCAAUAAAAUCGACAGCAAUGCAUUUGACGACAUCAGCGUUGGCCACGGCAUCGGUAAUGACAGUAAAAACAACCGUACAAGCAACAACAACUACAAACGCACAAGCUGCCAAGUCAGCAAUAGAGCAAGCAGCAACAGCCGCAGCGCAUGAAACAAGGUCCAAAUGGGCAACAGCAUUAGCAACAACAACAACACUCUCAACACCAACAACAACCGGACGUAUAAUCCAUGCAACAGCAGCGUGGCCAACAUUGCGCAGUCAUGAUUUAUUAUCGUCAACAAAUGGGAUGCCAAAUUGUCGGAAUGCAACGUGUGUGUGUGUGCGCACAGAAAAAUCGCAAGACGCAACAAAUAUUAAUACAGCAACAGCAGCAACAAUGACAACAACACCGUUAGCACCGACAACGCGUGUACCAAUAACGACCGCCAUGGCAUCGGCAACAACAUUAUUGCGCACAUCAACGACAGUGGCGAACACAACGCUACAAACCACAAAGGCGGCGGCUACUGUGCGGCGUGCAACAGCAACAACUGCAAAUAAAGGCGGUGCGUUCGCAGGAUAUGUAGCGGGCGCGGCUGGCAGCACAACUGGUGGAGUUGCAGCAACGCCAAUGAGGUCUCUAAUUCCUUGUUCCACUUACAGUUCACCCGCAACGCCUGCAGCGCCAACUAUGUCAACAACAACAACAACAGCAAUUCAUACAGCUAACAUAACGGAUAGUGCAGCUGGAAAGUCAACAGCGGGCCCGUUGCAAACGCAGUGGCAACGCAUACUGUCGCGUCGCAAGCGUUAUCUGGCCUUUCCGGAGGGAACAUCAUUCACCACAUCGGUCUGCAUAACAGUCGGCAUCAUUGGUAACCCCUAUUACAGUUACAUGAGUUUUGGUUUAAAUUUUGGCAUGGGAUAUGAUUUGCCCAACGCCACAUGGGUACUCAAUCAACUGCAUGGCCUUAGCCGACGUCCGGUGCCGAUGGCUGUGCAUCACAGACGCAGCAAGCGUGCCAUCUAUGAGCGUAUCGCCGAAGCUGUGAACAACAUGGGCUAUAGCGGACGUGACUGUGUGCUACGCGCUUUGUGUGAGAGUCGUCAGUACUUUACUCGCAGCAAAAUGGGCAUGAUUGGUGAGAUCCUGCGCGUAAUAUUUAGUUUACCCAAGCAACGCUUAUUCAGCCGGGAGUUGCGUGAGGAUGCCGACAUAGCCGCUUAUGACCAUGCCUACCGCAAAGCUCAUUCGCAGGUUUGCGUCGCGCAGUACGACUGCCCGUUUUCACUACUUGAAUUGGCAUUUGGAAGGUAUUCGACGCCGUCUAUUGACUUCUAUGGCGAAUCUGGCAUGUAAAAGGCAACACUUUCGGCAUUGGAAAAUGGUUUAAUCAUUAUUUAAUAGUUGCUUUAAAGAAUUGCUGAAAGAAAAUAAAUAUUAACUGUUACUCUUG